AUGACGCUGCAGAUGGAGCCGCCGGUGCCGCCGCCGCGGCGGUCGGUGUCGACGACCUGCGACCUCCACCCGGGUGAGACCUUCACGGGCUUCUGCGCCGCCUGCCUCCGCGAGCGCCUGGCCGGGCUCGAGGCCAACGCCGCCGCGGCCCCCGCGCCGGGCCGCAAGUCCACCUCCGCCAUCCGCUCGCUCUUCUCCCGGCCGUUGUUCGCCGCUGCCGCCACAGACGGCGGGGGCCCCUCGGGCUCCGUUGGUGCCGCCGCUGCGCUGCCGGACCUCCGCCGCUGCAAGUCCUUCUCCUGCGGGCGCGGGAGCGACGCGCUGGCCGCCGCCGUCCUCGCGGGGGCCGCCGGCGGCGCGGCGUACGAGCCGCAGCGGCGGUCGUGCGACGUGCGCGGCCGGAGCACUCUCUGGGCGCUCUUCCACCAGGACGACCGCGAGCGGGUUCGCGACGGCAUCGCGUUCGGCGCCUUCCCGGCCUCGUCCUCCGCCGCCGAGGUCCUUCCGCCCCCGCAGCCGCCGCCCCCUCCGCCGGCGUGCGUCCCUGAGAUGUUCUUGGAGGAGGAGAUUGCUGUUGUGGCCGAGGAGGAUUCCGACGAGAUUGUUCCGGUGAUGGAGCCCGUCUUGGUGGUGGACACCUCUGGGGAGAUGGAGACGGAGGUGAAUGCGGCACGGGAUGUUAGGGCCAUGAAGGAUCACAUAGAUCUCGAGUCCUCGCAGUCGCAGCAGCCGCCCAACAAGAAGGUGCCGCCCAAGGACCUCAAGGAGAUCGCCGGGAGCUUCUGGCUCGCCGCCUCGGUGUUCAGCAAGAAGUGGCAGAAGUGGAGGCGCAAGCAGAAACUCAAGAAGCAGGAGGCCGCGGGCAGCAAGGCGGCGGCAGCGGCGAUGCCCCCACCGGAGAAGCCCUCGAAGCCAUCGUUCCUCCGGCGUAGCCGCUUCCGCCGUGGUGAAGCCGGCUCCGAGUUCGGCGGCGGCCGGCGCUCGUGCGACACGGAUCCACGGUUCUCCCUGGACGCCGGCCGCAUGUCCGUGGACGACAUGGGCUUCUCCUGGGACGAGCCCCGUGCGUCGUGGGACGGCUAUCUGUUCGGCGCUGGCACCGGGGUUGGCCUCGGCCGCGCGCCGCCGCCGCUCUCCCGCCUACCUCCCAUCCUCUCGGCUCUGGAGGACUCCCCGGCCGGCAUCGUGGAGCGCUCCGACGGUCAAAUCCCCGUGGAGGACGAUUCCCAGCCGGAGCCUGACCCCGACACGAACGUCCCUGGGGGCACGGCCCAGACGCGAGACUACUACAUGGACACGUCAAGCCGGAGGCGCCGGAGCCUCGACAGGUCCAGCUCUGUGCGCAGGUCCUUCGAAGUCACCGACCCAAAGCCAGUGCCAGUGCCAGUGACCGCACCGGCCGCCGCCAUUGUCAAUGGCAAGGAAUCCCCUCUAAUGGGCAGCUCGGAGUUCUACCACUUCCACCACGCCGAAGACCUGUUCGACCACCGCUUCAGCACCACCUCACUCGUCGAGGACUUCUCCACCAGCCUGGACGCCGCCUUCCACGGGGGCCCCGCGAAGAAGCCGCGGCGGUGGCGCAAGGCGUGGAGCCUGUGGGGCCUGAUCCACCGCCGCGCCGCGGGCCGGAGGAACGGCGCGUCCGACGGCGGCGCGGACCGCGCAUUCUCGGAACCGUGGCCGGAGCUGCGCGUCCGCGGGUACAACGGCCGGAUGAUGCAGCGGUGCAACAGCAACGCGAGCGCGCGGAGCUCGUUCAGCAGCAACAGCGGCGGCGGGCUGGGCAGCUCGAGACGCAGCUACGUAGACGCCGCGAACCACGGCCACGUGAAGCGGAGGCGCGAGGAGUACUGCGCGGCGGCGCUGGAGCGGAACCGCAGCGCGCGGCACUCGCCGGGCAACGCCGCCGACAACGGCAUGCUGCGGUUCUACCUCACGCCGAUUCGGAGCGCCAGCGGCCGCCGCACCGCCAUCCUCCCGGUAAAAGGCGGACGGCAGUCGUUCGCGCGGACGAUGCUGGGGCUGUACUGA